AUGUCCGUCUGUCCGCCGUACGCUCCCUUCUUUGGUUUUGCCGGGGUCGCCUCCGCGAUGAUCUUCAGCACGGUCGGAGCGGCGUUUGGUACAGCGAAGUCGGGCAUCGGCAUCGCAGGCUUGGGUACAUUCAGGCCUGAAUUGGUCAUGAAGUCCCUCAUCCCGGUGGUCAUGUCCGGUAUCAUUGCCGUGUACGGCUUGGUGGUGUCCGUGCUUAUUGCUGGUGGACUCAAACCCACCGACUACUCGCUAUAUGCUGGCUUCGUCCACCUAGGUGCGGGUCUCGCGUGUGGGUUCACUGGUCUCGCCGCGGGCUACGCGAUUGGCUUCGUGGGCGACUCGUGUGUACGAGCAUACGUGUUCGAGUCGAAGGUUUUCGUGACGAUGGUGCUCAUACUCAUCUUCGGCGAGGUGCUGGGGUUGUACGGCCUGAUCGUCGCACUCAUCAUGAACUCACGAGCAUCAGAGGCAGCGCGUUGCCCUUGA